AAAUAUUUUAAUGGACAUCGUUUUUACAUGGCCAGGUUUGCGGGCAGAGGAUCUAUCGACGUUUUUGGAAAUGAUCAACAAUUUGCUCAAGAAAAACAUGAAAAUGCUGUUUAAAAAAAUAUAAUAACGAAAAACAAACAAACAAAAAAACCCACAUCUAAGAAGCCAGAGUGUUCCUUCGGAUGUCAAAAGGCGCACUCUCCUGAGCUCACAGGCAGCCAUGGGUGCUAUUGUCUUGCAGUGUCACUUAAUAGCGAGCUUAGACUUUUGUCAUUUGGGUGGCUGUGCUUUUAAAAGCCCAGUGUAAAAUGGCACACACACUGCAUUUUUUUCCGAGCUGCAGGAGGCGGGGGCAGCGGGGGAUAGUGCAGACUGUAGGGACACUGCCCUCCCAGCCAAUCAGCGCUCGCCUGCUUGCCAUCGCAAAGUUGUUAACCCCAGAGUCUUCUGGCUGUGCUGCCUCCUCUGCUUUUAAUCUUCUGUGGAUAUUUCUCCGAUUUCCCCCAAAGGCCCACAGAUCCUGGGGGAAGCCACCCCAUUCAGCCACCGAUCAUGGAAGAAAGUAUUACUUUUUAUUUACUAAACAUUUUAAAGAUGUUGGAAGACCCAUAUGCUGCCUGGAGGCUGUUGUUUCUAGGGACACAAGUAUCCAGCCUAUAUUGUUACAAUUUUUUUUCAAGAACUGCCGUCUUCUUUGCCUGCACUAAUGGAACAUCAUCUUCAACGAGCUAUUUCAGCACAGCAGGUGUAUGGCGAGAAGAGGGAUAAUAUGGUUAUACCAGUCCCAGAGGCAGAAAGUAAUAUUGCUUACUAUGAGUCUAUAUAUCCUGGGGAAUUUAAGAUGCCAAAGCAGCUCAUUCACAUACAGCCUUUUAGUUUGGAUGCUGAACAGCCUGAUUAUGAUUUGGAUUCUGAAGAUGAAGUAUUCGUGAAUAAACUGAAAAAGAAAAUGGACAUCUGCCCAUUGCAAUUUGAGGAAAUGAUUGACCGCCUAGAAAAAGGCAGUGGUCAGCAGCCAGUCAGUCUGCAGGAAGCCAAACUACUGCUAAAAGAAGAUGAUGAACUAAUUAGAGAAGUUUAUGAAUAUUGGAUUAAAAAGAGAAAAAACUGUCGAGGGCCAUCUCUUAUUCCAUCAGUAAAACAAGAGAAGAGAGAUGGUUCCAGCACAAAUGAUCCUUAUGUGGCUUUUAGAAGGCGUACUGAAAAAAUGCAGACUCGAAAAAAUCGAAAAAAUGAUGAAGCCUCUUACGAAAAAAUGCUUAAGCUGCGUCGAGAUCUAAGUCGAGCUGUUACUAUUCUAGAGAUGAUAAAAAGAAGAGAAAAGAGUAAAAGAGAGCUAUUGCAUUUAACACUGGAAAUUAUGGAAAAGAGGUAUAAUUUGGGUGACUACAAUGGAGAGAUCAUGUCUGAGGUUAUGGCACAGAGACAGCCAAUGAAACCUACUUAUGCCAUCCCCAUUAUCCCUAUUACUAAUAGCAGUCAAUUUAAACACCAGGAAGCAAUGGAUGUGAAGGAGUUCAAAGUUAAUAAGCAAGAUAAAGCCGAUCUUAUCCGACCGAAACGGAAAUAUGAAAAGAAGCCCAAAGUCUUACCAUCGUCUGCCGCUGCUACUCCCCAACAGACGAGUCCUGCUGCACUGCCGGUCUUCAACGCUAAAGAUCUGAAUCAGUAUGACUUUCCCAGCUCAGACGAAGAACCUCUCUCCCAGGUUUUGUCUGGCUCUUCGGAAGCUGAGGAAGACAAUGAUCCUGAUGGUCCUUUUGCUUUCCGUAGGAAAACAGGCUGUCAGUACUAUGCUCCUCACUUAGACCAAACUGGCAAUUGGCCUUGGACUAGUCCUAAAGAUGGAGGAUUAGGAGAUGUGCGAUAUAGAUACUGCUUAACUACUCUCACCGUACCCCAAAGGUGUAUUGGAUUUGCACGAAGACGGGUUGGGCGCGGUGGAAGGGUCUUACUGGACAGAGCUCAUUCAGACUAUGACAAUGUGUUUCACCAUCUGGAUUUGGAAAUGCUUUCCUCACCACAACAUUCUCCAGUCAAUCAGUUUUCCAAUACCUCAGAAACAAAUACCUCGGACAAAUCUUUCUCUAAAGACCUCAGUCAAAUACUAGUCAAUAUCAAAUCAUGUAGAUGGCGGCAUUUUAGGCCUCGGACACCAUCCCUACAUGACAGUGACAAUGAUGAACUCUCCUGUAGAAAAUUAUAUAGGAGUAUAAACCGAACAGGAACAGCACAACCUGGGACCCAGACAUGCAGUACCUCUACGCAAAGUAAAAGUAGCAGUGGUUCAGCACACUUUGCAUUUACAGCCGAACAAUACCAGCAACAUCAACAGCAGCUGGCACUCAUGCAGAAACAGCAGCUUGCACAAAUUCAGCAACAGCAAGCAAAUAGUAAUUCCUCCACCAACACAUCACAGAACCUUGCAUCUAACCAGCAGAAAAGUGGCUUUCGCCUGAAUGUACAGGGUUUAGAAAGAACACUACAGGGUUUUGUUUCU